AUGUCGGGCACACCUGAUGAGAAGCCCCAACGGGCUACGGCUGCCCAGCUGGCCAACAGAAAGAUCAAAGAAAUCCGCCGACGCCCUCGUGGCACAACUCCUACUGGUGGAUCUGAGCCCGCCGGGACUUUCUCCCAGCUCUCAUCCGCUCCAGCUUUCCCAGCACCCUCAUUCGCUGCACCCACAAAUCAGUCCGGUGGCUUCAACUUUGGUCAAAGCCAAAGCUUCCCCGGAGCUAGCGCAACACCUAGUGAGCCCACUCAAGGGAACGCAGCGCCGUUUUCUUUUGGUGGAAAUAGCUCUACCCCAUUCAACUUCGCCGGUGGAUUUGGGAAUAUCCCACCACGCAACCCGUUUGCGACCGACAACCCCUUUACUGCCAGCAAUACUCCUCCUCAACCAGCCCCCACCGCAAUGUUUGGCGGGUUUGGAAGUCAAUCCACCGCUCAACCCACCGCUCAACCCACCUCUCAACCCACCUCUCAGCCGGCCUUUUCGUUCGGUGCACCGCAAAAUGCGGCCAGCUCAGCAGGCACCGGCCUGUUUGGGCGACCGGCGGCCACAAGUGCCAACGGAAACUCUGUCGCGGAUUCCAUGCAGACAUCUCCUGAUUCGAAACCCAAAAAUCCCUUUGCUUCGGCUUCGUCCUUGCCGAAUAAGAAUAUCUUCGGUGACUCGGGAGCUCCGAAUAUUUUUGCUUCCAAGCCUGCUGCACCGGCCGGCAAUCCAUUUGGUGGCCUGAGCUUCCCUGCUGCUCCUGCUGCUGAGAAACCACCAAGUGAGAAGCCAGAUGGCCUCGCACCAAAGUCUACCUUUGCCAGUCAAGCUCCCGCAGCAACCUCUCAGGUGAAGCCGUUUGGUUCACUCUUUGGAGGUGCAGGUGCCACUCCCACCCCAUCGGAGCCUGAAAAGGCCGCUACGAAUGAUGUCUUUGGGCCCAAGGCAGACGCUGCCGCGCCCACCACCAACCUGUUCACAUUUACAUCUGCAGCCCAAGAGCCUGAAAAGGCGAAUGCGACCCCAUCUGCGACCAACAAUAUCUUCGCGACGAAACCUGCUGCUGAGCAAUCUGCCUCGGGCGGUUUGUUCGCCCCCAAGCCUGCAGGGCAGACUUCGACUCCCAACCUCUUUACCCCCAAAGUUGCUACGAACGAUGCAGCUUCUACUACUGCUACAUCGCAGCCAUUCCAGAAUCUCUUCGGAGCCACUGCCACGGCGCCGUCAAUUGUCUCCGAGUCUGCCACUGAACAGACUUCGUCAAGCAGCAUGUUCGCGCCGAAACCGGCCACGGAGCAAACCUCCGCCAAGCCUGCUGAGAUCAAGCCUUUUGGAGGUCUUUUCGGUGCCGCUCCUACCACCUUGAAGCCUACUGAGCCGGCGGCGACGCCAAGCCUGUUUGCACCGAAGCCCGCGGCUGAGCAGGCUUCGGACAAGCCCCCCGAAUCUCCUCAACCAUUCAAGAAUCUCUUUGGUGGCCCCUCUACAACCCCCAAGCCGGCCGAGCCGGCUACAGCCCCAAACUUGUUCGUACCGAAGCCUGCGACAGAGCAACCUGCACCGAGCCCUGUCAAACCAUUUGCCAACAUGCUUGGUGGCAAGACUGCGACUCCUCAACCCACCCCAGUGAAAGCACCCACCGCCACGCCAUCUGGCCUUGCUAGCGUACAGAAACCCGCAGUCUCUUCAGAGCUUCCGAAGCCCACCCCUCCUCCUGGUACAAGCAAGGAGGUAGCAGAGCAAGCAGAGUUGUUGUGGAAGAUUCGAGGAUUGGAUACACACUUCAAGCAACAAGUCAUGAAGUAUGAACCUGGAAUCGACAGUUUCGAUCACCUGAUCCUCUUCUACAUCAAGGUUCGCAACGGCCUGGGUGCCCCUGUGAAGGGUGCCCCCAAGCUAGAGAUGAAGAAGGCGAUCGAGGAGCCUGUCCAUGCUGACGGUCCCAACGGCUCCGCUACAUCCAACUUGUUCGCCAAGUCCUUCUCUUCGCCUAGCUCAAGCCCAGCUAAGCCAGUCGCUGCGUUAACCCCAGCACAGAGCGCUACAGGUAACUUGUUUGCCAAAUCAAUGUCGAAUGGCACCACCACUCCCUCAGCACCCGUUGCUUCCCCCGCCCCCAAGUUGGCGGGCAACAUGUUCGCGCAACCGGCUUCUCCAGCACCCGCAGCUUCUCCAGCCCCUAAGUUGGCUGGCAACAUGUUCGCACAGGCGGCAUCUAAGACUGCCCAGAAUGGUUCUCCCGCUCCUGCUGUUGCCCCUCCCAAGUUUGUGAAUGGCGUUGGCGCCGUGGAUUUCAUGGCACAGUUCAAGCAGAAAGCAGAGAAGACCAUGGCUGAGGAGAAGGCCAAGCGCAAGGCGGAAGACUUUGACUCAGAAUCAGAUGACGAAGAGGAAUGGGAACGCCGCGAUGCUGAGAAGCAACGGGAGAAGCGUGCGAAGCUCGAAGCUGCCACCAAGAAGAAGUCUGUCUUUAGGAACGGCAAGUUCGAGUGGGUUGAUGCCGAUGAGCCAGACUCGGCGGAGGCCGUGGUUGAUUCUCCCAAGCCUGCAGAGAUGCCAGCUCCCAGCUCUCUGUUCGUGCCCUCCGACAAUAUCUCUCUGAAUGUUUCCUCUCCAGCCUCCUCCACAGGUUCCAUAUUCGAAUCCUCCAGCCUCCCUUUACCCGCAUCAGAGAACAUCUUUGGUCGCCUUACCCCGCAGCCGAAUGACGCUGACAAGGAUAGCGACGGAUCAGGCGACGAGGGGAAGGCUACUUCUUCCAAGCGUCCUGCGGAGGAUGAAGCUAGUACAGAUGACGACUUUGCCUCUGCCCUGCGCAAUUCGAAGCGGACCAAGCCUUCAGAGACGACGGAAACCGCCAAGUCUAGUCUGGACACACCUCUUCCAGCGCCGACUGCUGCUGCUGGUCGCAGUCUGUUUGAUCGGAUCCAGUCUCCUGCCCCCACUCCCCAAAAAGAGACUUCCAAUUCUACUUCGAGCCUGUUCUCGGCCAGCUUCGGACAGUCGACUUCAUUUGGCCAAUCCAUCUCCUUUGGCCAAAACAACGCCACGCCAGCUGCGGACAAAACCUGGAAACUCGACACACCGAUCAAGUUCUCCACCGAUUCCAAACUGACCGCCACUUCAGCUCCCGCCUCGACUCUGGCUUCUACACAGCCCUCUAGUGGCGUCAACUCCGGAGAGGCCACUCCUGAUGAGGAAACUGCCCCUGGUGAGAUAUUCGACAUGUCUCGGGCCAACGCGGGCGAGGAAGAGGAAACCCUGGUCUAUGAAUGCCGGGCCCAGGCUUUCAAGCUGGCCACCGGCUGGACCUCCCAGGGCAAGGGUAUUGCACGCUUGCUCAAGCACCCCGAGACGGGGCGUGCUCGUAUCGUGGUCCGUACCGAUCCUGGUGGCAACAUCGUCUUGAACACGUUGCUCAAGAAGGACUUUGACUAUUCUCGCCAGAGCAAUAGUGUUCAGUUCUUGGUUCCUCAGGCUGACCAGGAGAAGCCCGAACAAUGGGCGGUUCGUGUCCGCGCGGAUGCUAUUGAGGAGUUCUACAGUAAGGUCCAAGAGAUCAAGAACUGA